UCCAAGCGGGACGUCGUCCGGCGACGUUCUUAAUUACCGAAUAUCGAUAGAGGAGAAGAAGAAGCUCAACCAAGUAUAACUUCUUUAUACUCGAACGCACGCUCUGAAGCAUCUCGUCUUUCUCUUCGCAUCGAUCGUGUAACACAUUUUCGUCGUCGUCAACGAUAUCGAAUUUUCAUCCUCGUUCAUUCCGUUCGUCGUUGAAUGAUACCUUUCGUCGCUGCGAGCAAUCAGCUUCAAGGAAGAAGCAACCGACAGCACCCUCGAGACAGGCAAAAGUCGAUGUGGACUGGUGGUUGGCCGGCUAUGGCCAGAAGGAGACGCGGCAGCAGCAUCGCUCUAAGGUUGGCCCUGGCACUGGCGAUACCGACCCUCUACUGUCUGUUCACGAGCCUAGCGGGCUACGCGGCUCAAGCGGCCAAGGCUGGCGCCUUUCUGUCACCACAAGACUCUGCCUCGUCAUUUUCCUCCUUCGAUGCUCCGACUCUUCAAUCGUCGAGGAAACUCCUGCAAUUCGUAGAGGAGGUCGGCGUCGAGAACGAAACUUUGGCCGUAGAGGAGGUCAAGCCGCUGCAGCAGGCGCCUCCCUACCCCAAAAGCAACUGCACGCCCCCGUCCAUCAAGGAGUUUCCCGCCGAUGGGCUGACUCGCUCGCAGCGCCAGCAUGGAUUCAUCCUGAUCCAUGUGGUGAUCGCCAUCUACUCGUUCCUCCUGCUGGCCAUCGUCUGCGAUGACUUCUUCGUGCCGUCGAUCACGAGGAUCGUCGCCAAGCUCGGCGUGUCGCAGGAUGUCGCGGGCGCGACCUUCAUGGCGGCCGCCUCGUCGUCGCCGGAGCUGUUCAUCAACAUUGUCGGGACUUUCGUGACGGAGGGCGACCUCGGCGUCGGCACGAUUGUCGGCUCGGCCGUGUUCAACAUACUCGCGGUGCCGGCCUGCUGCGGCCUGUUCGCCCAGCAGGUCCUAGAUCUGGACUGGUGGCCCGUGACCCGCGACUCGCUCGCCUACGGCGUCACCGUCAUCCUACUCAUAAUCACCCUACAUGACAGUCGUAUCGAGUGGUACGAAGCCUUCGUACUCGUAUUAUUCUACAUUUUGUAUAUUUUGGCCAUGUGCUUCAACGAGCGCAUAAGCGCCUACCUGAAUCUCUUUGUGACGAAGCGCCGCAGGCGUUACCGCAACCUGGGCGAGGACACGCCGCUGAUCGGCAAGUCCAAGCUUCACGAGUCCUUCAUGACGACGAAGGACUGCAGCGAGCUCUUCCAGACGUCCAAGUCCAAGGGCUAUCAGAACGGCGGCGAGUGCAGCAGCCUCGCGGCCGUCGACCUCGAGAGUUUGACCAGCAGCGGUGACGAUUCCGAAAUCGUCAACAUGACUAGCUGGCCCAACGACGGCUUCUGGGAGAAGUGCUGGUGGAUAUUUACCUACCCGAUCAACGCCGUGCUACUGAUCACCAUUCCGGACUGCCGCAGGCCCUCGCUCAAAAACUACUAUCCCCUGACCUUCCUCAUGUGCGUCGUCUGGAUCGCCCUCAUGUCCUACGUUGUCGGCUGGGACAUCACGAUAAUCGGCGACACGCUAAUGAUUCCCGACUCGGUUAUGGGUCUGACUUUCCUCGCGGCCGGUAUGAGCGUGCCCGAGGCCGUGUCCAGUGUCAUUGUGACGAAUCAAGGCCAAGGCAACAUGGGCAUCAGCAACUCGAUCGGCUCGAACGUCUUCGACGUCCUUCUCUGCCUCGGUCUGCCCUGGUUCAUCAAGUCCUGCUUCUUCCCGACCCGGGCCGGCGAGCACUUCGUCCAGAUCAACUCCGACGGCCUCAUUUACAGCUCGAUCUCGCUCAUGUCGACCCUCGUGCUGCUCUACCUGGCCCUCGGCUGCAAUCGCUUCAAGCUCGAUCGCAAGGUGGGCAUCAUCUGCCUCUGCAUGUACUCGGUCUUCCUCGUGUUCGCGUCGCUCAUCGAACUCAACGUCUUCUUCGUAGCCACGAAGCCGACCUGCAAUCACUAAAUAGGAAGGGAAAUGAAUUUUACUGCUGCUGCUAUAUUUGCCUGAUGAUGAGAGCAAUUGGAGUAUUUAUGACGAGUACAUGGGACUAUGUUUUAAAAUUAUAUAGUGAUUAAUAAUUAAUUCGUUCGUAGCUGUGAUUUACAAAGUGAUGAAAUCCAAAAAAAAAAUGACGAAAGAAACAUUAUAAUAGAAAUAGCUAGUAACUGAAGCCUCGACUAAUAUUAUAAUUCGGUCGUGCUUCAUUAUAAAUAUUUUACCCAAGAAAUUGUGUGUGUAUAUCAAAAUGUACAUAUAGGUCCAAGCCAAAUAUUUUUCUAUAUAUUCCUUAAAUACUUUUAACGAUGUCGCAAUGCGGCGUCAGCGGAGAUUCGACGUACUCGAUGUAAUUACGAAAAUGCAUCAUUUCGUGUAAAUUAUUAUCCUCUAUUAUACUUACAUAAAUGUCAUUCGAAUUUUUUAUUUAAGGUGUGAUCAGUUUGUUACUGUUUCUUUUUUUUUUAUAUUACGUUUAGACUGUGCAUAAUAUUCGUUUUAUUAAAACGUAAUUAAUAAUAAUAAUAAUAAAAAUAAUUUGAUUGCAA